UAUAACAGCUUCCUGCAGUUUUUAGGAGCGGGAUUACAUCACUAUUUACGGUCAGAGUUGCCUCAAACCCGCAUUGUACGAGUAAUUACGGGGCCAAUUCAUUUUUUUAAACAGGCCGGGUGACGUCACGAGGUUCUGGAACUCUGCGACAGUAAAUUCGAUCUUGUUACUUUCUGGCGGGAAGAUGCGCCGAGUGGAGGGGCGGCGAUCAGAAGGAAGCGGGAGCGGCCACCGGAGCCCGAUGGGGAGGUUGCGGGGCACUUAGAGCCCAGUCGGCGGUACACACCCUCUGCCUCCACUCCCGUCCCGUCUUGAGUUCGGGCACUGGCAGCCGCAGACCCUUGCGCGUAAGGAGUCCCAUAGCCGCUUCCUCCCACCCACCAUGGUGAUCCUCAGGGAGGGCAUCUGUCCCGGAGCCACUGCCCAGCUCAUCCAGGCUUUAAAGGAGCAGAAUGUGAAGACAGUGGUGAACUUAGUGUCUGCAGACAUCGAAGACCUGGCACAGAAAUGUUCCAUUUCGUACAAGACUCUGGUGGCUGUGAGGCGUGUGCUACUUGCUCAGUAUUCUCCAUUCCCUUCCAAUGGUGCCGAUCUCUAUGAGGAACUGCUGGGUUCCACAGCCAUCCUGUCCACAGGAAGCCAGAGCCUGGAUAAGUUGCUGGAUUCGGGCCUUUACACGGGAGAGCUGACAGAGUUUGUCGGAGCACCAGGCAGCGGAAAGACUCAGGUGUGCCUCAGCCUGGCAGUGAACAUUGCGUGUGAGCUGAAGCAGAAGGUCCUGUACAUCGAUUCGAGGGGUGGGCUGAGCAGCUCCCGCCUCCUGCAGCUGAUCCAGAGCCAGGUCGACAGCAUGGAGGAGCAGAGUGAGGCUCUCCAGAGGAUCGAGGUGGUCCGAGUGUUUGAAGUGCACUGCCUGCUGGACGUGCUGCAGGACCUCAGGGCGAGCUCCGCGCGCCAGGCGACAGGCGCUCACAGCUCAGUGAAGGCUGUUGUGGUCGACUCCGCCACAGCUGUGCUCUCCCCUGUUCUGGGUGGCCAUCAGGUAGAAGGUAUAUCCCUCAUGAUGCAGCUUGCGAGAGAACUGAAGACAUUAGCCAGAGAACUGGGCAUCGCCGUGAUUGUGACGAACUCUGUGGUCCGGGACACUGGUGGAGAUGUGAAGCCUGCCCUGGGAUGCUCAUGGAGUUAUGUCCCCAACGUCCGUAUCCUCCUCCAGCGUGAACCCGACACAGCCGGCCCUGCCAAGCGCAGUGCAACGAUACUGAAAUCAUCCAGGCAGCCAACCAGAAUCAGCGUGGAAUUUGACAUCACUUCCUGUGGGACACUGGGCAGCCGAACUGCUCCUUCUCAACCCUCCACCGGUGACCGUGGCAACACGUAACAAGGUUUGCGUGGAGCUGUGUGUAAACACUUCGAUUUCAAUGAAAUGAAGAUAAGAACCGUUUGAUAAGGAUUGUGCCUUUACCUUCUCUCAUCUAGAGACCUGGAGCAGUUGAGUGGGUGGUAAUUGUCCUUGGCUACUGCCCCAUCUUAAUGGUGCUGCAGGAACAUUGGCUCCCUCCUUGUUACAGGCCUCUGGAGAGAGACAGCAAUGAGUUGCUGGAAAUUCCCAACAGCAGGCAGUGACCGGCAGGUAUCACCCCUGGAAUCCAGGGAGAGCAGACUGACUGAGAAUGCACCCUGCAGCUUGAAAAUCACUCAGUGUACAGCUUCACAGAGCUGGAGCUCAGGUUUGGUCUGAGGCUGCCAAGAAUGGCCUGCUGUGGUGUAUUAAAUGACACAACAGUUUCCGCAGUUGCUGUUUAUAUUACUGCAGGAGUGCAGCAGAACUUGAAACAUUUUAUAGCCGGCAUAUUUUGUCCAUGGUCUUACCGUGGGGUUUUGCUGGGUGGCCUUAUCCCUGUAUGUUUUGGGAUAGUCAAUCUCCAGUGUUUUCUGCCUUCAUUCCUGCUCAUCGGCCCUGCGAGGUACCCUGACAGUGCCCGUCACCUCCUGCACGUUGACCCUUCUCUCCCAAGCAAAGGUUGCCCUGGAAUUCAGAGCAGUGCACUUGCUGCGCCUGGACGGGAAGCCACAUUAAUGACACUGGGAGUAUAAUGGUCACAGAGCUGUACGUGGAGGGAGAGCUGCACUAGACAGUACAUUCUAUUCAGAAGCUGUCUUUCCUUAAGACAAAUGUCAAAUUGUUAUGUGGCUAUACCAACAUCUUUUCAGUACCUAAUAUUACUGCACCUGUAUAACUGAAGUGCAAAUAAAUAAUAUUGAUAACAUUA